AACAUUUAACUGCGUGCCACUACUGCUAUUACUACUACUGCUGAUUCUACGUCUGUGCACAGUAACUUGCAUUUUCGUCCGUUUAAUGUUUUGAUUUAGGUCUGGACCGGCGAGCCGUUGAGGCUUCACUGGCAUAUGAAGGCUCGGGGCUAUUUAUAGGCCUAACUCAGUCCCCAAUGUCAACUGUAACUCGACGCCAUCUGUCAAGUUGCGGAGUGUCCGGUGUCAGCGGGCCAGUGGCACAGCGGCUCUGUACCGCGGCGUUCGCGCACACAGCCCCGAUGGAGUCCGCAGGAAACCCAGGGAACCCGGGGCCCUCCGGCUUUUUGGUCAUCCCCAACGGCAGCUCCUGCGACGAGUGCGAGUAUGAGCUGGAAGGGCGGAUCAAGCCCAAGUCCUCGCCCCUCCCGCGCCGGAGGGGCUCCGAGUCCUCCGACGAUUCGGAACCCGAGCCCCCGCCCGCCAGGUCGCGGAAGGUGUCCUUCGCCGACGCCUUCGGCCUCAGCCUGGUGUCGGUGAAGGAGUUCGACCACCGGGACGUCUCCUCCCCGGCCGGGCUGGAGGCCCUCGAGGGGGUGGCCCGGGACGUGGAGGAGUACUUCCUGUCCUCGCUCUUCUCCGUCCCGUCCUCGCCCGAGGAGCUGCUCGGCAAGCUGAGGGAGCAGAAGUGCGAGCUGGAGUGCGUGGAGCUGCUCCCGGGGACCACCUCGCUCAGGGGGACCGUCCGGGUCCUCAACCUCAGCUUCGACAAGAUGGUGUACGUCCGCAUCACCCUGGACGGCUGGGCCACGCACUUCGACCUGCUGGCCGAGUUCGUCCCCGGCUCCAGUGACGGAGAGACCGACCGGUUCAUGUUCAAAAUCACCCUGGUCCCGCCUUUCCAGAAAGAGGGAGCCAGAGUGGAGUUCUGCCUCCGGUACGAGAUUCCGGGCGGAACUUUCUGGGCCAAUAACAACGGCAUGAACUACGUUUUGUUCUGUCACAAAAGGGGAGGCAGAGAUUCGAAAGACAACCAGCAGGAAGAUCUCAAAUACAAGAACAAGAAAAGCUGUCUAAAAGCCUUGAGUAAGGACAGUUCCACUGAGAGAACUUUGAUCAUGCUUCCUCAAGAGACAACAGAUUUACCCGUACAAAAACAGGAAGUGGUUGUCGACGUGGAAACCCCUGCACCACGUUCAGAAGGACUCAGUGAAGAUGGCCGUCAGAAAGCAAUGGUGGACAGUAACCGUGACUACUCUUGGAGGAGCAGACGGAGAGCAGCGCGUUUGGCACGGAUGAGAAACCCCUCGUACCAGAACGAGGCGGAAGAGGAGGAGGGUGGCGGCUCCGCCCAGGGCGAGGAGAGCAGCCGCGCGGAGGUGCCGUUGGAUGUCAGCGCACCUCCUCACUGGGCAACCACCUCCGACUUGCCCGGCAUGCCCAGCGCAAGUCAGACAAACGGCACAGAGGAGGCGCAGGAGCAUGACCUGACCCCGCCAACGUCGCUAAAGCCGGACAGAGACGACGAGCUAUCGUUUCUUCCAGAAGGAUUUGAGCGCUGGAGUAGAGAAAGUUCAGACACGGCGUCUAUAAACUCCCAAGACGGGGAUGCAGCUUCGUAUCCCCGCGAGGUGAGGACCUCUACUCUAGGCAGCUGGGAAUCAUGGAAUACGUUUGUCGAUUUUGGGGACACCCGGUCACCAAGCCUCACGACGGCACAAGAGGAAGGGGUCCCUCAAAGAGCUGCCUUUGACUCCGCGGCUUAUCUUGAAGAAGACGCUGCUGCGUGGUCGGGAUCAUGCAAUGGUCCUCCCACGGUUUGCUCAAAUGCCGAAAGCCCGCCAACCAGUGAGGGCAGUGUAAGCACAUGGGAACCCACGCAAGAGCAUGUCGCUGACCUGUGUGAUUCUGAAAAGGAAACAGAGAAUUGGCCGGUCAUUAAAGAGGGCUUAGGAAGUGACCGGACACCCGCCGAAAGGGACAGUGAGCACGAGGCGGGUAGUGUGGCGCAUCACAAAUUUUGGACAGAGACCUCCGACGUUUGGCAGAGGUUUCCCUUCGACUCGUACUUGGAGAGUAGCGACGCCAGUCUAGAAUCAGUAUCUGGCGACCUGCUAAAAACAGACACAAGUACACUUAGACACAAAGAGUCUGUCAAUGACCAAGACAGGAACCCACUCAACCGCUCCCAUCCCCCACAGGAGACCAGGGACCCCGACACAGAGGUGAUAAUGGAUGAGGGUGCAGGUCACGCGACUGAGCGUGUCAGAGAUCACCAGGGCAUAAGUGGAGGGAACUCUCUUGCGGGGGCUCCUGACUUGGCACCAAACUCAGAAGGGACAGACAGACGGACAGAGGCAACAGACAUGGCAGUCAGACAACAAUCUCCGAGGCCCGAGCCAGCCAGUGGAAUCUCACCAGAUGAAUUCGACAACAGCUCUGCCUCUUCAACAAUGGACACUGGGAUUGACAGCAGCAUACACGAAUCGUUCAGGAGCAGCAUGACCUUUAUACACACAGACAGCGAAAAGGGGGAAAAUGUCAAAGGCAGAGAUGGAGAGGAAUGCAGGGGUAGGGUAAACAAAGAAGAAGACGAGUCAAAGGAAAAUGUAGAAAGUCUGUAUGAAGUUGAGAAGGAGGCAUCAAUGGAAAAUGUCGACAGUUUCCAUGACAAUGAAGAAGAUGUAACAGUGGAGGAGACCAAAGACCUUACUGGAAAAUGCAAAGAAGAUGUAUUGGUAGAAAGGGGAGAUAUCUGUGGAGAUGAAACUACAGCAGAAAAUAGAGAGGAUCUUUCUGAAGAAGAGGAGAUGCUAAUAGACUAUGAUGAAGAUCUUUACGAUGAUGAGGAUAUAUCAAUGGAAAACGAAGAAGACUUCUAUGAUGAAGAAAAUGAAGAUUUUUAUGGCCAAGAAGAGUUGCCAAUAAGCAAAGAAGAGGAACUUGAGAAAGUAAGAGAAAAGGUAUCAGUGAAAACAAAAGACUUUGGUCUAGAGCAGGAAGACAUGUCAGCAGAAACAGAAGAGGACCUGGAAGUUGCCCAGAUUUUAGGAGGAAUGAACAAAGCCCUGGAAGGAGACAAAAAGUCGCUGUCAAUGAAAAUGGAGGAAUCGGAAAAAGGAAAGGGAAUGGCAUUCUGGGAAAAGGAGACUUACCUACAUCAAAAAGAAAAUAAAGAACAUGCAAAAGAGGAAAAUGGAGUCCAACAUCAUGGAGGAAAAGGGCAUACAAGCAGUGAAAAAGAAGCAAAAAGGGACAGUUGGAGAGAGGGAACUCACUCCACAGAAUCUCUGCCAGACAAGAAGAUGGAAUCAAACACAACCAGUGUGGAAUGUGCCCCACCACAUGGACUCAAACUCCAAGCCACCCCUGGAAACAGCUGGAACAUGCCUAGGAACGACAACACAAGCCCAUCAGUUAGUUCAUUAAGGAUACGGCCCACUUUUCUGCCAUCGCCAAACAAGCCGAAGGAGUAUGGUGAAGCCAGAGAGGUGGCCAGCUCCCCUCAGGCAGAUUUGGACCCCGUGGAAGAGCCAGGAUAUCACGCCACAGUCCACCUACCACCAGUCGAAAAGGUGGAAAAUGUCGCCAGGAAUUACCUUUCGUGUUGGUGGGACUUACUAGCAUGUAAUGUCUCGAGGGUCUUCCUGUACGCCCUCCUGUGUUUGAUCUUCCUGGUCAUAGCAUUUCACUACGAUUUCCUGGCCUGUUUUGCUUUUUACCUGAUAACUGUGUACUGGUUUUGCUUUCAUGGGGAGAAUGGAAUUGAACAGGCCAGAGGGCCUUAAAACGCUGAACGGUACUCUUCUGGUGUUUCCAGAUUUUUGGCUAUAUGGAGUUUUUGAAAGGCCCACCACCAAUGAAAAUUGCCGAGUGAUAACCAAGUUUACACAAUGAACUGAAAUCACAGCAUGGCAGGGAGGUGUGAAACUUCGAAAGUGAAAUUUAAUUAACUUUAAUUUCUAAACUUCUGAUUGAUUAACCAUGUAAUAAGGCUUGUGUGAACUGAAAAAUAUUUAAACGAGUAAGGUCACAGGAAUCAACAUAAAUCAUAAAGGAGUACAGGAAGAAAGUACAUAUAGAGUUUUUGCCAGUCAUGCUGGGUGGAUUCUGAGUUCAUUUGUGGAUUUUUUUUUUUCCUGUAAUAAAGUACUGGUGUAACCGUAAAUAUAUUAAAUAUAUUACAUUUUUAGGUUUUCUAACUGUAUAGACUCAUUCAUAUAAUUUCACAAUUUCUCAUUUGUCUCCAAAACAUGAUAUUAAUACAAUGAUUACAGUAAAUGCAUGUAAUGACAGAGAGGUAAAAAGAGAGAAGGAGAAAGGGAAUUUUUUUGCAAAACAAUGGGGAAUUUAAAAGUGGGUAGUUUUGAUAGACAUGUUCUCUAAAAAUGACUUCCAAUGUUUGGGGGCCCACAAAGAGAAUGCUUCAUCACCUUGUGCUUAUGGAAGAAAUAAGGAUUGAAGCCCUGUGGUAUCCUCAGGGGUUUGGCCUCACAAUGCUUUAAAAGUUAUAAAUGAAUUCUUUGCAUAUGUUCCAAUUAGUUGAAAGACAGUCAAAUCAGUCCCAGAUUAUGUCCUUUUCUGGGCAAAGGACUGGCUCGUCGUCAUGGAUGACUUUGUAUCUGUAAAUGGCAACAAAGAUCUGACAAAUAGCGUGUCAUCUACAAUACACAAAGUAGCAGCAUUUACACUGAGAUCAAGGUUGGUCCUAGUAUACACCCUUGGAGGACCCCACAAGUAGUAAAUAAAAAGAGGUAACCUUUUCAGUGUAUUUGCCACUGAAAACUGAUUCUAACCCAGAUUCUUAAUUAGGCCAUUAAGAGCACAUGAUCUAAGGCUACACUCAUGUCUAAGAGAACGAAUAUAGAUGAUCUAUAAGAACUGUUUGUACUAUUCUUUUACUAACAUUGGCAUAGUUUUGGUGCUGUUGUUUGAGUGGAAAUGUUUUGUUUUGUAUGAUAACUUGCUGCUUGAAACAAGUUUAAGAAACUGGUCUGUAGUUUGCAAGGAUGUCUACAGGUUUCUUGAGUUGUGGCUGAACCACAGCAUCUUUUCAAUAAGCUGGAACUGCCCCAGUGACAAGAGAUCUAUUGGCACUGAGUGGCUGUAAGAUCUUCAUUGCACAAAGCCCUGAACUGUUGUUUAACAAGUCCUGUAUGAAUGAGACUCAGAGGACAAAUUGAAGGGUUUAUCUGUAUAACAGUUUGAGUGAGCUCAUUGGCUGUAAUACAAAACGCUGUAAAUUGUACAGUAUUCUGAGGUGCGAUGAUAUGGCCAGAAAGUGAAAUGUAAAUCCUAAUUUUGUUAGUCUUACCAUUAAAUGGAUAUCUCGGUUAAUAUGGAAUACUCAUGCAUAAUUCAUCUUAAACAAUUCCAAUAGGUAAGGAUAAGACUGCUAGUGUUUUUUUCCUGAUUCUUUUCCCCCUUUCCAUCCCAAUUGUAUUGAUCAGUCCUCAUUGGAUAUCUACGUUAUCAAUUUGGGAGAGCGCAGACAAGCACGUGCAUUCCUCUGAAGCACGUGAUGUCAAAUCGCAGUUUCUCAUCAUAUCACAAUUCGCAAGCCGGGCUCGCACAGACAUGAAUCAGAGAAAGACCGUACGUCGGUGCAAGAUAACCUGUGGGCAACUGAUCGACCAGCAGGGGUCGCUGAUGUAAAAUGAGACGCGAUCAUCCCGGCCAACUGAAACCCUCCCACCCCUGAGUAAUGCAAGGGCCAACUGCACAUCACUCAGUGGGAAUUCCAGCCACAGUCAGCUCAAACAGUUUGGAUACACUAGCAAGCGUAUUUUUAACCCUAAUUUCAGCCAACGUACUGAGCGGCAUUAAAACAGCAAAUCAGUCUGUUCCCAACUCAAGAAUCAAAUAAGGUUGUUAUGUGAGGGAGAAUUUCCCUAAUAUCCAAAGGACCAUAGAAUGAAUGUAUCAUCAGUAUCUAUGCAAGGAAGUACUGUUCAACGAUUACAUGCAUAGAAGUGUACAUACAUUUGGUUACCGUGACAAGAGGCACUGAUUAUAUGACUUGUAUGAAUGCCUCACAAAAACCUUUUCACCUCUCUGUAUCGCUUGGAUCCAUAACCAUGCCUUGGAUGUUGUAUGACAAUCAAUAAACAGAAUUCAUGUUAA